UUUCUAACAUAAGUAAUCGGUCUGAUUUAGUAGAUGAGGACAACGAUGUGAAGAAUUAGUGACAGCUCUUUUUUAAUCUCACCCAUUCCCAGAAUGGAUCCCGUUUAAUCAAACUAAAGGCACCCAAAUUAUUUUCAGGUGUUCAAUCUUAUCAGGAGAUGCGUGGAGCAUGAAGUUCAUUCUCGCAGGGAUAUUUGUAUUGAGAUGUAAUUUUUAUUCAAAUUUUGCACAAGGUGCCACUACAACUAGACAAACAACUUUUAAAGAUCACUCAGCAUACGUAAGCACAUCAACACAUUCGAUACACGCAUCAACUACCACACCGGGGCCAAUUGCUUAUGAGCUUCACAGGGAUAAGAUAAUUCCAGAUCUAUCAACCUUGGACAAAUGUCCGCAGCGUGUUUUAAAGGUAAUUUAUGAAGAAGAUGGUUAUGGCGCCGUUUGUUAUGGUAAUACCUUGAAAGCGGCUACAGCUCAUGCCGCUCCAGAGACAGUAGCGUGGAAAUGCGAGAAUCCAGAUGAGGCCACAUUCUACACGAUAAUUUUUGUCGAUCUUGAUGCGCCAUCGCGAAGUAACCCGGUGAACAGAGAAUGGUUGCAUUGGAUCGUUGGGAACAUCCCUGACAAUAGGUUGCAUUCAGGACAAACGAUAGCAGAGUAUAUAGGACCAACUCCAAUGCACGGAAACGGUACUCAUAGAUUUGUAUUCCAACUGUUUCUGCAAGAAAAAGGAAAGAUCCACUUUGAAGAGACCUAUCUGACCGCUAGGGCAAAUGAUCCGAGAAGAGCGAAAUUUUCAUCAAAAGAAUUUGCCAAGAAGUAUAGUCUAGGCCGACCGCAUGCCGUGAAUUAUUUCUUGGUAACAUGGCCGGAGGAGCAGGAAUUAGAGGAGGGCGAAACGCCAGUACAACCCCCAGUAAUUCCUAUGACCACAGAGGAGUACACUGAAAUUGAUCUUCUGAACUGGUGACGUAGAAACGUGUCCUAUACCUUCUAAUAUGUCUCGAGCAAUAAACUGUUUGGUUAGUUUUAUAUUUUAA